GUGUAAGAAGAUAAAAGGCAUCUUUCUUUAAAAUUUCUUCAACCUCGAAAAAUUAUUCAUAAAAAAUGACAAAGCACAGGAAACUGUACUCUAGACUCUGGAGUUCGACAAGUCUUAAAAGAAGGCCGGCGCGCGUUGGUUGCGUGACUGAAGUAUGAAAAUAAGAUACGAGCAAUUUUGUGUACAACGUGUUUUAAACGCUCACGUGUUUCGUAAAUAUACGCAUAACUUAUCACGUGGCACACGUUAGUGAAUUUUCAUACGUAUUGUGCUUGAAAAUCGUUUGGCAUUGGCAUUCUUCACAUCCGUAAACACAGGAUGACGCGGGAUGACUUUUACGGAAUCGCAUAAUGACUUGUUGACGCAAUUACCGCGAAAUCUGAGACUCACACGAUCCAUAACUCGACGAGGAGUUUGUCAACAUUGAUGACUUUUUAAUGUGCAACGAUGCAAUUGACAACGUGUUGCAGGUGUUGUUCCCUGAAAACGGGAACAAUUUUUAACGGAGUAUGCGGAAUCGUACUCGCCGUGCUUUCUCUAAUUCUGAUCUUCACGACGAAUAUAGAAUGGAAAACGAUAAUCAUCGACAUCCUAGACAAAACGACCGUAAAGAUCAUCUUUGCCAUCAACCUUUGUAUGACCAUCUUGAUCUCUACGCUACUCGUAAUCGGCACCAUAAAAAAAAAUACAUUUAUGAUGCUACCAUGGGUGGUCUUGGGUAUAAUGUUGGCCGUCGGCCUUCUUGUGAGCGUUCUGUAUAACGCAAUCGUGUUUUUCAUAAAUCACGAUGUGCUCACCGGUCUUCUUUGGCUUAUCCUCGGUCUAGUUGCAGUCGUAAUAUACACGUACAUGUGGCUGGUGGUGUACAGUCACUUUCAAGAACUGAAGAUCGAAAAAUUGAGCAAAAGAAUGGGUCCCUAUGGAAAACCGUACAAUUAUCGACGACCAUGAGAAAAAGAUUGAAUGCAUGAUCGCGCGAUUGCGGGGGUCCAGCCCGCGAGGGAGAAGUGACCCAACGUCCGCCAUAUCAUUCACAUAAGCGCACACAAACUCAUAUCGAUUUGCGACAUGUUGAUGCAAUAGGUACAUCCGAUUGCAAAUUGCGAUAAUUCACGUCGCUUUUGCAUAUCUAUCUGCGAAUCAUAUCUGAUUCGCUAAAGAACGACCUUGGGAAAAAUGUAAAAUGACGACGUUAUUUUGAGUAGACUAUAAAACUCACUUUUUCUUACGCAAAAUCAUAUAAUAAAUUAUUUAUCAUAUAAUAAAUUGUAGAAGAGAUAGAAUGAAAGCGAGACGAGACAUAGGAAUAUAUCUUUUCGCGAAUUUAUAUAUUAAUAACGUUGCGUAGAGAUAAAUUCAUUUAUUGCGCAGCUUAUUUUUCGUACGCCAAAGCACGAUAUAUUUCGAUUUAAAUAAUCGGAUGUUUCGUAAAAGCAUCCCACAGUCUCUAUAGCGAAAUAAACAAGCGUUAGUUAGAUUA